CAUGGCAGACGAAAAACUCAAACUCGCAGAGAUCGAGAGCCUUAAGAAGGUCGCCUUCUUUGGCAUCUCUGUGGCUACCAUCGCCACCUUGGUCGCCAUUGUCGCAACGCCCAUGAUGUACAACUACCUGCAACACGUGCAGUCUUCCCUUCAAAACGAGGUUGAAUUCUGCCGUCACCGCACCGAUGGGCUUUGGGACGAGUUUGGCCGCUUCGAAGUGGUGCGCGGAAAGGAAUCCCGUGUGAAGAGACGGGCACGUGCCUUCGGAAGCGGUAGCUACGCUGCUGGAGGAGCCGGUGGAGGUGGUGGCGGAGGAUACGCUACCGGAGGUGGAGGCGGUGGAGGUGGCGGAGGAUGCUGCUCUUGCGGAAUUGGAGCCGCCGGACCAGCUGGACCACCAGGAGCCGAUGGAAAUCCAGGAACUGACGGAGCUGCCGGAAACCCAGGACAAGCUGGAGCCGACGCUUCACAAGAUGCUCCAUCUGCCUCAGAUUUCUGCUUCGACUGCCCACCAGGACCAGCUGGACCAGCCGGAAACGCCGGACCACCAGGAGCUCCAGGAGGACCAGGAGCCCCAGGAAACACUCCAUCUGGCGGAGCCGCCGGACCACCAGGACCACCAGGACCACCAGGAGGACCCGGAAAUGACGGACAACCAGGAGGACCAGGAAACCCGGGAGCUCCAGGAGCAGUCACCGAGGUUCCAGGCCAACAAGGACCACCAGGACCACCAGGACCAGCCGGACCACCAGGACCAGCCGGAAACGCCGGACAAGCUGGAUAUGCUCAGCCAGGACCGGCCGGACCACCAGGAGACGCUGGACCGGACGGAGCACCAGGAAACCCAGGACAGCCAGGAGCACCAGGAGACGCUGGAGCCCCAGGAUCCGGCGGAGGAUGCGACCAUUGCCCACCACCACGUACCGCUCCGGGAUAUUAGAUUGCCAUAUUGUAUUGACAUUACGCUUUGGAACUCAGUUCUCGAAUGCAUAUCUUUUCACAGUCGAUUUCUGUCGAUUAAUGAAGCUUUUCACAGC